UCCUUCGCAACAAACAUUGUCCGCCAUUUUGAAAUAGACUUCAUAAACACUACUUGCAACUGUCUUCGGACAGCUUUAAAAAUGUGAUCAAAACUUCCCCGUGAAACUUUUUAAAGGUCAUCCGAGCAAACCGUUUCAUAAAGUUUGAUUCCGGCAAAGAGGACAAGAGGGGAAAAGAGUUUUCUUUCUCGUUUUUUUGACGAAUGAGCACAUCGACCAAGAUGUCUCGAGCAGCGAUGUCGAAGUCGAGGGCCGACAAAACUCGUGGCGCCUCUCAGCCGCAACCUGUAGUCACCAACGAUGUGGUUCCCGGCAGGUUUACCGAGCCUGACUGGACUGGGUUACUUGACAGAGAAGAUGGUGAGGAGUUUAUUAUGGACUGUGUGGAGGAGGUGGUUAACAGUGCCAUGGACGAGAUCUACAGAAGAUAUAUCCAGAAACAGCUUCUCCCCUACACAGUCAUACAGGCCAAGGAUGCCAUUCUGCAAAUCAUUGAGUGGCAGUUCCUGGCCAGAGAUGAGGGGGAAGGAGAUGUGCUGCAGGAUCCUUCAUGGGCAGAAGAUGAUGAACCCCUUCCACCAGUGACUGACUCCUGGGCGCAGGGUUCUGUUCCCACCAGGACCAAACCUGAAGCAGCUACUUCAGACAAGUCUGACAGCAGGCCAGCAUCUCAAGCUGGGUCCAGACCAGGGUCUGCAACUCAGGAGAAACAACCUGAAGUGGAGACAACAGAAGAAGUAAAGCCAGAACCCAAGGAAGAAGUGAAAGAGAAAUCCACUAAGGAAGUUCAGAAAAAGAAGCCAGUUCCUCCACAAAAGCCGAAGAAGAAGUUUAAACCCCACAGAGGGCCCCUGGGUACUCCUGGCCUCAAGGAGAUGACCAAGUCUCUCGAUGAGACUGAGUCGGAAAUCUUAAGAUCUGAAGAGUCCAUGAGGUUUCCUCCAGAGCCAGUGGAGAGCCCACUUCUCAAGAUGCCUUCUUCAUGUCAUAACAUCUUAAAGGUUCAGGCAGGCCGACCACCAGGGAACAGAGACAUUGUGUAUGACCAUGAAGGCAGGGUCAUCAACGUCAUCAGGAUAAAUCCUGAUAGACUCCCAACACACAGAGUAAAAACACAGUUCCAGAUUGUUGACCCACAGCUAGAAAAGGCCCAGGCACAUGUCAUGGCUGUGAGAGCAGGAAAGAUAUCUUCUCUCAAGAUGAAAAAGAAGGCGACAAAAUUGAGUACUGGGUACAUAAUACCUGGGAGCUCUACUGAACCAGCUGUACAGGCCAGAGUACAAGGGGUGACUGCCAUUCACCCAUCCGUCAGACACAGUGCCAUAACAUCAGCCUCCACUGCCACCACGAGGAAGCUACCAGGGGAGUUGGAUGACAUUGAGGAAGUCAAGGCUUCUCCGGUAACCCCCUUACCGCCCCCACUGAUUGAGUCCAUGGAGGUUUCCCCGGGUGUCACGGUCAGAGAGGGCAGUCGUGUCAAGAAGGGUCCCCGUCAGCUCCCCAGGAAAUAUGACAUCAUCACGCCGACAACUCAACAUGCUCUGCGACCACUGACGGACUCUGCCAAGAUCAACCCUGAGGUCCUGGUGCAGGAAAUUCUGGCCAGGAGGUCGCCCAUCUUACGCCCCCUCUCACCAUCUCGCCCCGUCCCCCCCAUUGUCCCUCACCCCCCUAACAAACAUCCAGGGAUUACCACCCAGGACUAAGCUGUAAUACAUUUCAUGAAAGUUCAUCUGUGUAUGUAGUUACAUGCUUAAAGUUAAAACUUUAGAUCCAA